UUAGUAGACCUUCAUAGACAAAUGCGCCACAAUAAGGAUCGUCAAAUUCGUAGUACGCGAACGCUUCAACUCGUCUACUCGUCUGAUACACAGUUUGCUUCAUAAGCAUGAAAAAUAUACGCAAGGAACAUAAUUUAGAUUUAUUGCCUCGUUUAGAAAGUUGCAAAUUACUGACUAAUUUAAAGUGUCGAAAGAUGGGUGAUAAAUUACAGAUAAUAGAACAAGUUGGCUUUCGUCCGAUACCAAGUUUGCUAAUAAAUAUAAAGUGUAAAGACAAAGAACUGAAGUUUCGAUUUAUUGCCGCAUUUUAAAAGUUGCCCAAUAUUGACUUAUUUGAAGAGACGAAAGAAUGGAUACUAAAUUAGGGACGAUAAGACAUUUUGACAUAAUCACUCAGCGGAUUCAAGUUACUGUAAAGGGAUAUAUACCAGAGUUUUUCUGUAUUGAACGAAGCAGGUAGUGGGGGAUAACUUCAGAAACGCUGGCAGUGACGGUCAGUUGGUGUGUAGCAGCAGCAGCAGCAGCAACAGUGGUAGUGCUAACGUUAGCUAAUCGCAAGUGGGGUGAGUGAGCAGUCUGUUUCUUCAACUGUGGUGUCAACAGAGGAACUAAAACGCAGAGCACUUCCAUAUCGUGGAGGGGAGAUUUGCGCGACCCAAUGGCCCUAAGAGCUACGAUAGCGGAAGCGAAGCUCCUGGUAGGACCAGACAGGUGAAAGGGUAGUGGCCAGACGAAGCCCAGCCCCUGUCCCUCCAUGCUGAGGGCUGGGUGUGAGUUUACGAUACCAGCCCGGAAUAAUUUACUUUGACGAAAUCAUGGAGAAGACGAACACCUACACAGGGUUGUAACACAGACUGAACACUUGCGGGCAUAAUAUCGACAUCUCGGUACUACGUAGAAUGGUAGAAACUGAACUGGGCCGAAAGGAUCAUCCGAUCAGUGAUGUAAAAGACGGACAAGCUAACGGCAGUUCCAAAGGCAUUGAACUCAAAGUAACUGUAUCAGCAAAAAGAAAAAGUGACGUCGAGAAAGGCAAUAACUUGGAGAAGGUUGGCUUUGAAAAAGCAAUUGAGCUUACAGGGUACGGAAGAUUUCAUUAUUUUCUGCUAGCUACAUGUGGUUUUGUGAGUACAAGUGAAGAGAUGGAUGUAAUUUCCAUGUCAUUCAUUCUUCCAUCCGCAGAAUGUGAUUUGAACCUCAAUACUCAUACAAAGGGCUGGCUUAACUGCAUAAUUUUUAUUGGUAUGAUGGCUGGUGCAUAUGCAUGGGGCUCAGUGGCAGAUUCCUUGGGUCGAAAGAAAGUCCUCAUUGCCAUAUCGAUAAUGAACGCCAUCUGCAUAGUUGCCUCAAGUUUUUGUCAGACAUACGAACUGUUCAUGCUCUUCAGGUUUCUCAAUGGAGCUGCGCUUGGUGGAAGUGGUCCUGUUAUAUGGUCUUACUUUGCUGAAUUCCAGCCAAAAGCUAAGCGAGGGUCAAUGUUAAGUUUUAUGGCUGCAUUUUGGACAUUAGGAAACCUUUUUGUAGCAUGUCUAGCAUGGUUAAUAAUUCCAAGCAGUAUUGGAUAUUUCUCAUCAUCAUUUAGGUACAACUCCUGGCGUAUAUUUCUCCUAGUUUGUUCACUGCCCAGUUUUGUUGUGGCUAUUCUACUGAUAUUCCUUCCUGAGAGUCCAAAAUUUUUACUGUCACAAGGUGACCGUGAAGGCGCACUGAACAUUUUCAGAAAGAUAUAUCAGAUCAACACGGGUAAACAGGAUGACUUCUAUCCAGUAAAAGAACUACUAGAUGAAUUUCCAAAAACUGAGGAAGAAAUUGAAAAAGAAAAAGAGGAAGUUGGGAAAUGUCGGAACAUGCUGAGUGAUAUUGUGGACAACAGCAGACAGCUAUUUGUCUCACCAAUACUAAAGUUCACUCUCAUUUCUAUCACAAUUAACUUUACUUUUCAUAUUGGAUACUAUGGACUGAUGAUGUGGUUUCCUGAAUUGUUCAAUCGGUUUAAUGAGUACUCUCAAGCACACAGAGGACAGGAAGCAUCUGUAUGUGAAGUAACAGAAUAUGUUGUGAAGACAGGUUUGGAAUCUGAUGAGAAAUUGUGCAGUGAUAAAAUUGACAGUGAUGUGUUCAUGGAGUCCCUUAUUACUGUAGCAGCUGCAUUUCCAAGCAAUGUUCUUGCUGUACUUUUCAUGGACAGGCUUGGCAGAAAAUUUUUUCUUGUCUUCAGUACAUUUUCUUCUGGUCUUUGUGCCAGCGGUAUGUACUUUGUCACCAACACAAAACAAAAUCUUAUAGUAUCAGCAGUGUUCAGCAGUGUUAUCAGUUGUGGUAAUGCAGCACUUGACUGCCUUAUUACAGAAAUAUUCCCAACAAAUUUAAGAGCAACUGGUGUAGCAAUAUCCAUGGUUGCUGCCAGACUAGGAGGUAUCAUUGGCAAUAUUGUGAUAGCAACUCUAUUAGACAUGUAUUGUCCUGCACCAACAUUUAUAGUGGCUGGACUUCUUAUAGGAGGUGGAUUACUUUGUUUGAUGUUACCUAACACAACCCGUGAACCACUUUCUUGACACCUACUUAAUAAAAUAUCAUAUACUGAAAUAAAGCAGCAGGGACUGCCCACAACCCUGUCAAAUUAGGGAGACCUCGAAGCUACAAAGUGGAAGAUAAAACUAGUGGUUUCAUGGAAUCUUCAAGUAGGAGAGCAACCACCUUGUAGAAAAAGCUUCAUUAGACACCACACAAUUCAUACCAGAUGUGUAUUGUAAAAGGAUAACAUAACACGAUUUUUAAAGAAGGGACACUUUUUCAAUAUAUUUGUUGCUUUUAUGUGAAUGAGUAUGUUUUCUUGUACACUGGCAUGUGCACUGGAAUGUUUGUCAGUGCAGGGUGAAUGUGACCACUGCUAACUUUUACAAAUAUAACUUUAUAUCUGAUAGCUGUAAGACUGAAGAUCUGUAGUAUGUAAAAAGGAGAGAGGUUCUUUUUUUACAUAAAACUAGUACCACAGCUGUGGAGAAGAGGUUGAAGUAUUAAUAAAUUUGAUAUUCCGAUAGUAUGAAGAACUCAUUGACUGUACUCACAGCACUGUAAUUAAGAAAAACCCACUGGGAUUAUUGGUGACACCUUCAGCUAGCUGCCUGUUUUCUGACUUUCUACAAGUCGCUUCAAAAAGAGCUGAAAAAUUGUGAGUUAUAAAAUACUGGUAUAUGAUAAACCUGUUAAGAGAUUCUGCAUACAAAUUUGGAUUCACAUUCUUAGUUCAUCACAGCAUGUGCUGGUGCUUUUUAUAUGUAUAACUUGCAUGUUCUCUUGUUAAGUUCUGAAACUCUUCAGAAUGUAAAUGUAAUUUUAACAGUCAGUUUGGUAAUCUUAACAGGAUAUUUACAGAAACAAUUUCAGUUAGUGACAUUCUAAAGAAUUUGUCAUGUAAAUUGAUUGUAAACAAGAUGUCAAAUAAUUGGAGGCAUGCUUAACCUCCUCUGUAGAUGAAGUGUUCUAGAGGGUUUCUCUUCAUAAAUGGUUUAAUAAUUUUACUCAAAUAAUUAUAAUAAAUUGGUAUCACAGCCAACAUCAACAUUUGUUCAUGAUGAAGUCACUGAUGUAUGAAUUAGAAGAUCAGGUAAGACUUCUCCCCAAGAUACCAAAGUUUUCACUGAAUAAAAAAUAAAAUUACAGCAUAUAUUGUACUGUUGAACAUAUACAGUAUUAGUUAUUUUUAAAGACCAUUAUACUUUUAACACUCAGGAUGUCAGAUAUUAGUAUGAUUUCCUAUAUUAAGAAAUUCCACACUUACGACAAUAAGUUAAUGCCUUCCUUGGGACUGAUGUGCAUAAAAUGAUCCAGACAUCUUUGACAUAUCCACUUUUUACAGAGUGGUCUUAAAACUCGUCAUUUAAUAUGAUUGCUACAUCAUGCAUUUUGAAUUUAAAUUAGGACACAAUGGAUUACCCAAAUAUACAAAUGUUAAAGAAAAAUUCAGCUGUUUAGCUGCUGAAUGUAGAAAAAAUAUCAUUGUAUAGUUUGGCCAAUAAAUUCUCUAUCUUUCUUCA